CUAACAACAACAUCAUUAGUAAAACAAAACAAAAAAAAUGAUGCCGAUUUUGUCAAAAGUUUGAGGAAAACAAUCAAAGAUGUUGUUGAGAACUCACAGAUAAAGAUACAAAUAGAGCAGAUGGCAGACAUUGCCCAUGAACUGGGGAUCCUGGUUGAUGAAGACUCUCCAGAGUGCCAGACUGCAAAGACAAAUGCAGAAGCCAUCACUGCAGAAAUUCAAGACAUCCAUAGAUUCAAAGAAGAUCAGCUUCCACGACAAGGUGAAAUAUGGAAAGAACUGACCUGCUUAGAGAAGGAAGAAUUUCGGCUUAAAAAAGUUGGCUCCAAAAAUAUAGAAGAUUACAAAAGCGAACUUCAGAAAAAGAAAAAAGAACUGCGGAAAAACCAAAACUCUUAUGACAUGUCAACAGCUAUGACGUGCUUUAUCAAUGCAAUAUCAAGCCCAGGAACAGAGAGGUUUUAUUUCCUGAAAUGGAUGCGAAUGAACCUGGAUAACGUGUCUCGUUUAAAACUGUCUGAACUUCGGGAGAAAUAUAAAGAAAAAUGCAAGAACUCUGAGAACAAAGAGGAGAUCAAGGAGACUGACAGACAGAUUUCAAACAGCUCACUGGGGACUGAACACUUCUUCCGUGAAAUGGGUCAGAUCUAUGAAGCCUCACUGUCCCUUCCACAAACAGAUCCAACACGUCAACGGCUGCAGCAUCUGCCCAAACUGUGUGCAGAGUUGUUGCUUGAUGGAUUUCCUCUUGAGCUUGUAGAUGGAGAUGCAUCCAACAUCCCUCUCAGAUGGGUGAGUGAUGUUCUCUCUCAGCUCAGUGACUUGGUGUCUCCAAACAGAAAGAUCCUGGUAGUCACAGUUCUUGGAGUUCAGAGCACAGGAAAGUCCACUCUCCUUAACACCAUGUUUGGAGUGCAGUUUGCAGUCAGCAGUGGUCGAUGUACUCGAGGUGCCUUUAUGCUGCUCAUCAAAAUCAAUGAAGACAUGAAAAAAAUCCUAAACUGUGACUUCAUGCUGAUCAUUGACACUGAGGGCUUAAAGUCACCAGAACUUGCACAACUGGACAACAGCUAUGAGCACGACAAUGAGCUUGCUACACUUGUUGUGGGGCUGAGUGAUGUCACCAUUGUUAAUAUUGCAAUGGAGAAUUCAACUGAAAUGAAGGACAUCCUUGUGCAUGCUUUUCUCAGGAUGAAGGAGGUGGGCAAAAAGCCAAAAUGUGUGUUUGUUCACCAGAAUGUGUCCGAUGUUUCAGCCCAUGAGAAGAACUUACGAGACAGGAAACUGCUCCUGGAACAGUUAAAUGAGAUGACCCAGGCAGCAGCCAAAAUGGAAAAGAAAGAGGAGAACAAGAGCUUCACUGAUGUGAUGGAGUACAGUCCAGACACUGGGAACUGGUACAUUCCUGGACUCUGGAAUGGAAACCCACCAAUGGCACCAGUCAGUGUAGGGUACAGUGAGGCUGUAUAUGAGCUCAAGAAACACAUCAUCCAACUGCUGGGAAACUGUGAGUCAUCUGCUAAUGAUGUCAUGGAGUUUAAAGAGUGGGUGAGAAGUCUGUGGACUGCAGUAAAACAUGAAAACUUCAUCUUCAGCUUCAGAAACAGCCUCGUAGCUGAUGCAUACACAAGCCUCUGCGCAGAAUUGGACAAAUGGGAGUGGGAAUUCAAAAAAGAAAUGUACACCUGGGUAACAAACGCAGAAUCAAGAAUUUCCAAUUUUGGUACAAUUGCUGUAAAAUCUGAAUCUUCUGACAUCAAUGAAUUUCUCAAAUGUUUGAAAAGUGAAGCCUCCACAGUGCUGUCUACAUGGGAGAAAAAGUUUCUAGAAAAUCUGACACAGUAUUUUAAGCAAACAGAGGGUCAUGUUUAUGUGGUUGAAGGAUACAGAGAGGAAUUCUUAAUCAGUGUAAAAAACCUUCAAAAAGAAAUAGAGAAAUCUGUUUUUAAUCAGCUCACAGCAGCAGCAGAAAUAACACAGGAAAUGAUAGAAAUUGAUCAAAUCAAGGAAAAUCACAUAAAAGAGAUUGAAAAUGCAGUUUGGGGACUGGUUCAUGAAUGCUGGAAAAAUAAUGUUCAGUUGGAAGAGACAGAACUUGAAAAUAAGUUUCACAAGAUGUGGAACGACAUGCUGAAGCGACUUCCUUGUUCUGAAAAACAAGCUGCACAAAUCUUCAGGAAUGCAUCAUCUUAUCUGAGAGAGAGCCUGAAACACAAAGGGGAUGUUUCACAAGAACUCUUAGAAAAAAGGCUGGAAGAUUGUGGUUUGGUGCCUUUCAGAUAUACAGCUGAAAGAUACUCAAAUAGAGGUGAGGACGUGAGUAUGUUUUUGAACAUUCAAGAUUACAUAAUGGCUGCACAAAAACUGGCUGACAGCAUCAUAGAUGCUUGCACUCAGUUUGUGAGUGAAAAAGUGAGGAGGAAAAAAAUGUACUGUGACACAUACAUGAAGGAGAUCCUACACAUCACUGAUGAGAACCUCGAUAACAACCAGGAUUUUGCAACAGACAUUGAGUUUGAAGUUUCUCUAAAACUGCACAUCUGUGGAUUUGCAGCCAGAGUUUAAGAAAGUGCAUGAAGAAAAUGAUCCUUACAGAUGUUUGAUUGAAAACAAAGAAAGGUUUCGUGAUGAUUUCAAAGAUGUGUUUUAUAAACGAGACCAGUGUCAGAAGAAGGCAGAAGAAUUCACCAACCAGUGUUUGAAGCCUGCUGUUAAAGAUUUUAUCAGUCAGUCCCUGGGACAUGAUAUCACUGAUGAAAUGCGGACAUGUGAGCAGUUCAGGACACAGAACUCCUUCCAGUAUUCACUUUUACUCAAUUUCCUUUCAAAGGCUUUUCUGUUGCGAGUCCGUCUCUCUUCUUUGUUUUUGGCCCACUUUGCACCAGAAAGAG